UGCUGCAGCUGCUGCUGAGCGCUGAAUGGAUGUGCUCAAUAAAACAUGUAGGCAUAUAUUCUUUCGGUGGCAGCUCAUAAGUUACCGACAAAAAUACAAAUCACAUCCGGGCCUAGAUAUCGAUCAUCGGCAUCAAAUUGCUGCGCAGCGCAACUUUCGUCGACCCCGAAACGUGCAGGAAGUUUGCAGGAAGUGCGCUCAUUAGGACAUUCUUGGGGGGAUUUUUUUAGAGGGGUUUACUAAGAUUAGAGUCUUUAUGCGUUUUCACGUGAAAGAGCCUUUAUAAGCGUCAUUUUGGAGGAGUCCGUGGUUCGCUACACAUCAGGGAAAAAGAACUUGUGUUUUAGAGUAAAGUUGAAUUUUUAGCAUUUCAACAUGGCAGCGUAUACGUUACCGGAGGGAUUCACGGAUUUCGACAUGUUUACAUUCGGAACAGCGCUUCUUGUUGGAGGAAUGCUGGGAUUCUUCCUCAAUGUGAUCAGCAUCAUGUCCUAUCUCAGAGUAAAGGAGAUGAGGACUCCCAGUAACUUCUUUGUGUUCAAUCUCGCCAUUGCCGACCUCAGUUUGAAUAUAAAUGGACUUGUAGCUGCGUAUGCCAGUUAUCUCAGAUAUUGGCCAUUUGGUGUAGAUGGAUGUAACUAUCACGGCUUUCAGGGGAUGGUAUCCAUCCUAGCGUCCAUCAGUUUCUUAGCUGCCCUCGCCUGGGACAGAUAUCACCAGUACUGCACCAGACAGAAGCUCUUCUGGAGCACUACUGUGACCAUGUGCUGCCUCAUCUGGAUCAUGUCCAUCUUCUGGGCGGCUGUUCCUCUAAUGGGAUGGGGCGUCUUCGACUUUGAGCCAAUGAAGACCUGCUGCACGCUGGACUACACCAGAGGGGACAGGGAUUAUAUCACCUACAUGAUAACUCUAGUGGUGCUCUACCUGAUGUUCCCGGCUUACACCAUGUGGUCAUGUUACGGUGCCAUCCACAAACACUUUAAGAAGAUCCAUCACUACAGGUUUAACACCAGUGUGCCCUUGAGGGUGCUGCUGAUGUGCUGGGGUCCCUACGUCAUCAUGUGUCUCUACGCCUGCUUUGAUAAUGCCAAACUGGUCUCUCCAAAACUGAGGAUGGUCCUUCCAGUUCUUGCAAAGACAAACCCCAUCUUCAACGCUCUCCUCUACACUUUUGGAAACGAGUUCUACCGAGGCGGCGUUUGGCACUUCCUCACCGGACAGAAGAUUGUCGAUCCGGUUAUCAAGAAGUCAAAAUAAAAGGAAAAAUGUCGGAUGUUCAGGCAAACAUCCAACGCCAUCAGUUUCUCUUCUUAUAGGAUGGUCAUAGUCUUGGUAAUGUGUUGUACACAUAAAUGAGCAAUGAGUUGUCAGUGCAGUUGUUAUGUUUUCACCUGUGAACGGUUGGUGGGUCGCACAACUUCUACUGAAGCCUCAUUGCAGAUUUGUUAUUCAUCGAUUUUCAAUUAUUGCAUUCUUUUUACAGCUAAUUGUUUGAAAUGCUCCUCCGUCCAUGUAACAACACUCAAAAUAAACCCAUUGAGUUGCCACUUUUUUGACUCUACACACAA